AUGACCACCAACCUUCCCACCCGUGUCAGCGGCGGCUGUCUCUGCCAGGGCGUCCGCUACACCAUCACCUUUCCGCCCUCCCACGAUUUCCUCAACGCCACAUCGACGUGCCAGUGCUCGCAGUGCCGCAAGCAGACGGGCAGCCUCGUCUUCCGCGCGCACAAGGUGCCGCGGGGCAGCGUGGCGUGGACGGCGCGCGCCACGCUGCACACGUACCGCGCCUCGCCGGGCAACGCGCGCGGCUUCUGCGGCCGCUGCGGCGCGCUGCUCUUCUGGGCGGCCGACGCGGAGGAUGCGCUGAGCGUGUGCGUCGGCACGCUCGACGACGAUGUGCUGCGGGAGCACGGCCGCGUGCUGACGUAUGCCGAGAGACACUUGUUCUGCGUAAAUGACAUCCAGGGCGUGACGGACCAUCUGCCGGGGAAGAAGUAUCCGCAGAGUGACUGA